AAGAUGAAGCGGAGGCUAAAUGAAUCAUAUUUUUGAAGAGUAAAAAAGCAAUCCUACUUUUCUCUCUCUAUUGAUUAAACGCGAUGGACGACCUUUAUUCUGACAAUGAUCCCGACUAUCGCGCAACGCUUGUUCGAUCUGGAAUUCCACCUCCUUCAUUAAGAGAUCAACGUCGUCAACAGCAGCGUAAUAACGAUCUCUCUCGGUACAAUCCUUCUUUACAACGUCAAGCUCAUCAUAGAUACUCUCCUUAUGAGCAUCAUGAUCAAGCUCGCCAAGAUAAAAGGCAUCAUGCCACAAAUCAGCAAUACAGAAGUCAAUAUGGGAGUCAAAACGCGUCAAAUUAUCCAGCUCAAGACAUGUAUCACGAUCGUUCAAGACAACCUUAUCCUCAGCACGCCGAACAACGUCCACCAAGUCAACAAAGAGCUCCCCCAUUAUCCUAUAAUCAAGCAGCACCAGUCAAGCCUAAACCAUUAGAUAUGCGUACAAGUACUGAUUUCUUAAAGUGUGAAAAGAGACUUUCAGUUGACAGCCUUGUUUCGGUUAUAAAGAAAAAUGCUUCUGAAAUUGACUACGAAUUCUUAAGCUCGAAAGGUUUGGUAGAUAGGGUGAAUCAACUAAGAGAGAAAAUUCGACAUGUUUCUGCUGAGCAGCGAUCAAGAGCUAGAUCCAAAAGCAACCCUUUUGAGAGAAUAGGAGACAGCAUCUUUAUGAAUAGAGCAGCUACUAAAAUGGCUGCUUUAGAUGCUACAUUUGGACUGACAGUAACAGAGAAUAGUAGAGAUGAAUUUACUUUUGCUGAUAUUUGUGGUGGACCAGGUGGAUUCUCUGAGUAUCUCCUUUGGAGAGUUCAUAGCUGGGGAAGUUCCGCUCAUGGAUUUGGUAUCACUCUGAAGGGAGACGAAGAAGUCAAUUGGCAUACAGAGAAAUUUAGAGAAGAUAUUCCACGCCAUAGUUUGACCACUGUAGAUGGCCCAGAUGGCACUGGUGAUCUAUACAAACAAGAGAACAUCAGAGCAUUUGAAUCAGCUGUCCUGAAAGAAACAGGUGGAAAAGGUGUAUUUUUGGCUGUUGCUGAUGGUGGAUUUGAUUUCUCUGGGAAUGAAGGACAACAAGAAACUUUGGUUCAACAGUUGCUGUUAUGUGAAAUUAUUACCAUGCUGUGUACAUUGAAAAAGGGUGGGCAUUUUGUCUGCAAGUUUUUUGAUAUGUUGUCUACAUGUACAGCAAGCUUGGUUUGGUUGUUGUAUCAAUUGUUUGAUGAGAUUUGUAUCACUAAGCCCUUAAGCAGCCGACCAGCGAAUGCUGAAAGAUACGUCGUAUGCAAAGGAUUGCUUUAUGAUCACCCAACAGCACUUGUUUCAACGCUGUUGGAUAUGAACAAAGAUACUACUUGUCCUUCACUCUUUUCGCGUGACAUCUUGGAAAAAGACGAAGACUUUAUUGAUUACAUCAAAAUGCGCAAUAUGAAAUUUGCUAUGAAACAAACAGAAGCACUUGAACGAUUGAUCUUUUUUAUUGAGAAUCCGGAUGCUGCGCCUUUGUAUGAUCAAGAGCAAAUAAAGCGAACUUGUCUUAAUGAGUGGAGACUACCACUUUCAGAUUACUAAUAAAGAAAUGCCU